CCGCCGGCUUCCUUCACCUGGUUUAGCCUGCCUGUCAUGGCGGUGUACCGGGGAGUGCCCGCUGUCACAUGCAAACAGGCGCUUGGAGACACGGUUGAGAGCUGAGCAUCCGGUGGAACCCAAAGGUGGCACGAGGAGGCUCGGCUGUCGGAAGGGAGAAGGAGGGAACACUGAAGUACCUCCUCUGCUUUAGUGGAGAAGCGAUGGAGGUGGGCGCCAUUCUGUGGCUCCUGACCGUCUCCUCCAGCAUUGGUGCUGAGAAGUUUGUGGUCAUUCAGGACAAGUCAAGCAUUGUUGCCACAGAAGGGGAGACGGUUGUUAUUCCAUGCAGACACAAUGUCACGAAUAGGGUAUGGUCGAACCACUGGGUCAAGGGUGCCCGAAAUGGAACAGAAGUGACCAAUGAAAGAGCAGAGUACAGGGACCGCAUCCUGAAACCUCAAGGGGGUGAUCCCUCCACUAACAGCACAGACGUUUCCCUGCGACUGAAGUACGGGCGGCCGAGUGAUUCUGGGAUGUACUUCUGCAAGUUGAAGGGAAUGGAAUGGGAAAUGUAUGGGGCAGGGACGUAUCUCACAGUGAGAGGAAAAAGCAGGAGCUUCAUGGUUACGCAAGGCCAGUCCAGUAUAUUUGUAGCUGAGGGUGAAACGGUCUUCAUGGUCUGUAGCCAUAAUGCCAAUCACUCCGGAGACACCCGGCUCUACAGCUGGUACAGGAACACAUCUGAAGUCUCCAACAGGACGGCAGAGUAUGCAGGGCGUGUCCUUGGGCCUGACCAGCAGAAUUCCUUCAAAGCUUCCAUUAAGCUGGUGGAUGUGAGGGAGAGCGAUUCCGGAAUGUACUACUGCAAAAUACGGAUAGACGGGAUUGGCGAGGCAAUUGGAGAAGGAGUACGGCUGAUCGUGAGUCACACACGCAAACUAAAACCUGUCACGAUUCUCCUGGUGAUCCUGUUAGCAGCCUUUGGAAUAGGAGGGACCAUCCUGCUCGUCAGCAUCCUGUUUCGUAGAAAAACCUGCAAGGUAGAAAAUUCUGUUCUGGUUCAAAGACAGGGGUUGUCUACCCUGAACGACAGCACCACAGCGGCUGAUCUAACUUCACCCCAAUUGGAUGAAGGACCUGGGACGGCUCAAGAUGGGAAUGCCCCUCCAUGCCCGGAGUUCCAGCCAGAAGUUGAAUCGAUCUACGCACCAAUGCAAAACCUGAAGACACUCAGUAUCUCAAUGGACAAUGGCAUGGAUGUGAGCACCCACUGCAGACCAAACAACUCGUUGAUCCCUGAUGGAGAGGUACCCGCUGUACAGAGCAUCCAUUACGCAGUGAUAUAUCCAAGUUACUCCAAAAACCAAGCUCCUGCCAAGACAUCAGUGGAAGAUGGCGAUCUGGAGAAGGACUACGGCUACGACGAGCUGAACGUGACAGCAAAACGUAGCCUUCAGGCUGAAGGAGACACAAACCAGGAAGAUGGGACUGUGAACCAAUAGAUCGUGAAGAAGAUUGGGGAAGAAGCAGAUCCUCAACCGUGCUCUCAGCAGUCGGGUCAGGAAUAUGACGAGGAUUCCAGUUCUGUUCCUCUGAUUGAAUUUUGAACCCCUGAUGGCAUCAGAUUGUUCACAACUGCUCCAUAUCUUCGAAAGAAAUCUGUCAAUGGCUCGAGUUUGUGCCUCUGUGCUUGCUUCAGCUUCCACCUCGGUUACUCUCCCCGAAUUAACAGAUCAAACCAAACUCUCUAGUCAAGUGUGGGAUUGCUGGUGUAAUAAACCUGGAGGGGAAUCACACUAUUUAUCACCACCA